GGCGCUGAAAGGAAUCGCUGGCACAAGUAGAAGGUUCUAGUCGGAAGGUCUCAGAAGUCUGUCUACAGAGGUACCGUUGGGGCAGAGAGCAACAUAUUACUAGAAAACUCCAGAGUUCGUUAUUGGAGCUUCUAAGCAGAGAGAGAUGGCGGGAGACUCAGGUCGGAGGAAGAUCAAACUUUUCUGUCCCUCGGUAUCGAAGAUUGUGGAGUGGGUUGCUUGGAACGACGAGAAACUAGACUUUAGAGCCAUAGCCGCAGCGUUUGGGCUCGAACCAUCAACGGUGAAGCUCAAUGGUCACUUCAUAAGCAGAGGUUUUGAUCUAGUUGCCACUUGUGUGACGUGGCAGUCUUUGCUCACUUUCUUCUCUGCUAGAGGCUUGUCUACUGGAAAACACGAAGCCGAUGCUCUGCUAGUUCACGGCAAGCUCUCUAAACUCGGUACUAAAAGAGCACGCUCGGAUCCUCUGGAGGACUUCGCCUGCAAUGAUCUUGGUCUAAUCAAAACGAAGAAGUUGAAAGAUAAGUGCUCAGUUGGAGAAUCACUGAUCUCUGGAUGCAACAAGAGAAAGCUGUUGUCUGAAGAUUCACACCCACUCAAGAAACUAAAACUCAACAUGGAUGAUAGUUUCGGAGGGAGCGGAUCUAAAACGCCAUUGAAAUGCAGUUUCAUGAGUGAUAAUGGUCUGAAGAGGACAAGAGAAGAUGAUAUGAUUGCUUCUGCAUCUUGUAAGAAGAUAAGAUGA